CGCUUUCAAAGGUCUCGAUUGCUAAAUUGUCUUAUCAGAACCAAUUAUCUAUAUCUUCGAGUUAUGAACCCCCGUUCCCUAGUGCCACCAGAAAGGAAAACGAAAGGGAAAACUGCAGCGGAUUGCUGUAUCCUCUAACUGAUGGCUUCCACUCUCUACAAUAUCCUCUCCUCCUUCUGGAGAGGUCGAUCGGCCAUCAAUAUCCCACCAAUCAAGACAUAUGAAAUAGAGACAGCGCAUGAGCGACCCGCUAGGUCGUUGAAACAUCUGCUCAAGUUGAACCAUGUGAAUAAUGCGGUACUAUGGCAUCAAAGACAGUUCCAUAAUCAUGCGCCUCAUGUGUUAAGUUCCUCUUACCUGCUAGGUGCUGACCAGCACAUCCUGUAUCAAGUGUACGAAGCUGAAGCUAAGGAGCUGGAGCCGUGGACGGACUCCCCUUGCGAAGUCAGUGCGUAUGACUGGAGAGAUUAUUUGGGACACAAAGAGUACGAACGUGCGUUUGUGGAUUUCUUCGAGGAUGAGCUUGUUCGUCGGGCGUAUGACUGGGAGGAUGUUGUUCGUCAUUUUCUUUUUUCAGGGGAUGAGCCCAUUUUUAACUCUAUUAUUGCUGAUCGUAUGUCGAAAUGCGUGCAUACUUCUUUGUGCAUUCGAACUAUUGGCUUACAUGCGUCUAGUUGGACACCCCCUCAUUCAUCUUGCGUAUGCCUUUGAAAUGUCCAGCCGUGAGAUAGCCAUGGAAGCUUUAGCACUUACGGCAACGUGCUACGGUGAUAUCCACAAAUACAUUGAUGACUCCUCUUAUUCUCUUGCGGAGCCAUCCUACCGCUCUAACUCCCUUUUCGAAAUACUAAACCGUGUACGGUCUGAUAAGCGUUUUGAUGGCCUCUUCGGUACCCCGGGCAAUAACAACCUGGAUAUUGUCUUCCGUGACCGUGAAGCUGCGCUCCUUGACCACUGGAACGCGUGGAACAUCCAGAACCCUACAGCUCAGUUCCGAGAAAGCCAGGAUCUGGCUGCAGCCCUACUCGUUGCCACGCAUACCACAGACAAAUAUGACUUUUUCUUUGUCCACGUCCUGACAACCAGCCAUGCUAUCCGAGUCCUCCUACCAUUGAUCCCUGCCCGGUUCCAGAUCCCCCUGGUGAGGCAAUGGUGGCUGGUGACCGUGGCUAUCUACAUUUCCCAACUCAGGCCUGAAAUUGAUCUCGACCGGAUCAAAUCUUACGAGUUGAACGGACGAGACUGGGAUUGGGCGGCGGGGAAGGCUGUCAAGGGAGAUUAUUAUACCGAUGCUCACUAUGUUAAGGCUAUUAGAGCAUUUGGUGAAGCGGCUCGUACGUGGGGUGAUCCUGAGAAGCGUUAUUUGAAGGCUGCAGUGAAGUUUGCCGAGGAGUUUGACGGUUGGGGUGGGUUUGUGUAGGCAUCUUCUCUUCCUAUCUUGUCUGUAUGUAUAGGUGCCAUUGGGUAUGUACUUGCAGUACAUCUAAAAGUUCUUGGUCUUGGUUAAUGAAGCAUGUCUUGUUUUCCUGCAGAAACUGGCAGGUUUCAAAGUGUCUUGCAUCCAUGAUAGACGAUGACAUAGAUGAGGCUAUCGGAUCCAAGAUUGCUCUUCAAGCUCAUGGGGAAAGGCGCCUAACCAAGGUGUCUAGCAUAUGGGCCCAUGUUGUAUCGUCAAACCUGAUGUUUCCCAAG